GUAUUAAUUUAAAAAUACCUGACAUUUGAGAACGAGUUAUACGCUCGUUCAUAUGCAGUAUACUUAUGGAAAGACAAGUUAUUAGAAAAUUGUUAAAUAUUUCAUGAGUUAUUAGUUUCUGGUAUUAGGUCAUCCUAUGAUGACCAGUCUUUAUACAGGUGUAAAGUACAGGUGAGAACAAGAACGCGAAAUUCGUAUAAAUGGUCUCUGCGAUUAGGCGCUGCAUUUAUGUAAAUUUCCCUCUAUAUUUCAUAAGGAAUACUCGAUAGUUAUAACGUAUGUUCCAAGUACGAAACAACUAUUUGCAGUAACUCUUAAAAAUUCUUUCAAGUUCUUUUCUUUUCUUGCGGAAGGACGAAAUUGAAAGAAAGCUCGCAACGUACGUAAACUUUCAUGAACAUUUGAGUACUUCUUUUCUUUUUCAAUAAAAUAGUUGGAUGGCUGGAGUUGUCUCGACUUUUAUUAUAGUUCGACAAAUCAAGACUUUACUAUUAAUGUAGUUCCAUACUUUUGCGAGAGAAACAAUGUGAAUGAAUGUUAUCAACUGUCAAACAAUGUGGUGAUUUCGAGUCGUUCUUCGGGUAACAAAGAUUAAUAAUGAAAUUAAAUGAAACUAAUGGCUAAAACCUUGAAUGGUGAUACUUUAAUUCUUUGAAAGCUGAGAGCUUUUACUGUUUAAAUCUCAACGAUUUAAAAGUACUAACACUCGCCAGUAGUUUCCAUUAUUAACGAGUGUACACUUACAACAAACAAACAAAAAAAAAAAACAAGUUCAAAUGUUUGCAAAAAUCGAAUGGCCGCGCGUUAAUUGUAUUUCGUGCAGGCAGAAUGCGAGGUCGAAUUAGCAAAAUCGGGCAUGCCUCGACGUUGUCGAAGAAAAGCCGCGAUCGAAACUGCUCUAGCCAGCGUGUCCGCCUCUACAACGCUCGAACGAGGAGCACUUAACCAUGACGUCGACCCGUGACACCGAACCGAAUGCCAGAAAUUACCGCAGCGGCAAAUUAAAUUUCGACUCGUUCUAUCGGGUGGCAAGCCACUUCCAAGAGGAGGACGACGAGGCCCUGCAGAAGGAGCUGAAAGAGGCUUUCAGGCUUUACGACAAAGAGGGCAACGGCUACAUUCCAACGAGCUCUCUCAGGGAGAUUCUCGCCGCUUUAGAUGAUCAGAUAACACCCGAUCAAAUGGACGGCAUGAUCGCUGAAAUUGACACUGACGGGUCCGGCACGGUCGACUUCGAUGGAUUUCCGGCGAGCAAAUCGCUGAGCGUGCAAGAGGCACUCGUGUUCGAAUUCCGCGAAGGCCACUCAUUCGAUCAACUCGGGCAUCGACUCGCGGCAAGAGAGAGAGGGCGAAUAGGCGAGAACGCGCAGAAACACCCAUCGCCAUCCCCUCCCAUCGUCAGCCAUGCUCCGCUUUCAGCUUUUGCCCUCUUCGACUUCCUUCCUUCCUCUUGUACUCACUCAGUCCUCUCGCUUCUCUCCCGCUGCAGUGAGGACUCCACGGCACCGGGUCUGGCCCCGGCCGUUUCACCCACUCAAGUUUUGUCCGAGUAUUCGCGAGCGAGACCCGGAAACCGCUUCCGAAGGAUCAAUAAUUGGGGCCGGCCGCGACCGCCCUUGAAAACCUAUAACCCAUAG